AUGAAUGAAAAAUCUUCAAAUUUUGAUUCAAACUUUAUGCAACAUAUGGUUGAACUUAGCGGAAGAGUUUUGGAAAUUCAAAACGAAUUUAAUAUUAUUAAAUAUAAUUUAAAAGAAGAAAAGAAUAGUAAUUAUGAGGCUUUGGAAAUUAAAUUGAAAAAUGUGGAGGAAAAAAAUAAAUUUUUAGAAAAGGAGAUGAAAAAGGUAGAAAUGAUCAAAAAAUAUAUAUUCAGAAAUAAUUAA